ACAACCAACAUGAGCAACACCGGCAUGAACAUGAGGGGCAAGAUCAUCUUCUACGAGGAUAGGAACUUCCAGGGUCGCUCCUAUGAGUGCAUGAGCGACUGCUCUGACAUGUCCUCCUUCCUGAGCAGGUGCCACUCCUGCAGGGUUGAGAGCGGCUGCUUCAUGGUCUACGACCGUCCCAACUUCAUGGGAAACCAGUUCUUCAUGAAGAGGGGCGAGUACUCUGACUACAUGAGCAUGAUGGGAAUGAGGGACUGCAUCAGGUCUUGCCGUAUGAUCCCCAUGCACAGAGGCCAGUUCAGAAUGAAGAUCUUUGAGAGGGAGAACUUCCAGGGUCAGAUGAACGAGCUGAUGGACGACUGCGACAACAUCAUGGAGCGCUUCCGCAUGAACGACUGCAUGUCCUGCCAGGUGAUGGACGGCCACUGGCUGAUGUACGAGCAGCCCCAGUACAGAGGAAAGAUGAUCUACCUGAGGCCCGGCGAGUACAGGAGCUUCAGGGAGAUGGGCAUGAGCGGCACCAGGUUCAUGAGCAUGAGGCGCAUCAUGGAUUCCUGCAUGUAA